CGCUGGCGUUGAUUUUAGCGGGUUCGAAAAGAGAACAAGGAGCGAUCUUUGACGACUUCCUCCUCAUGGUCAACUCUCCCCAAACACGACUCUGCACAGGCUCAACACUCCGGCUUGCUGCAGUGAUCGCAGCAGGUCUUGCAUUCCUUCCAGUCUCUCUGUCUCAUGUGCCUUCUGGCCUGCCCAGUCUGAUGACGAUUUCAACGCCCCUUCACCCAUCUCACCCAUCCUUCAUCAAGAUGGAGGAUAGGAAGAGAUCAGCCGGCGAUGAUCUCGCACCGCCUACAAAGAGACAAGCCGUGAAUGGCAAGGCAUCUGCGGAUGCUGAUUUGCCAUGGGCCAGCGACCUCGAGCAUGUUGCAUAGCUUGCAGACUUCACCGUCAUGUAUUCAAAUACCAAAAGGAUGCUAUCCUUCGCCAGAUGCGUGAAUAUAAGCGCGAGAAAGAUACCUUAGAAUCACACUUGCGAGAGGUGCAGAAGAAAUCGGUUGACCAUGAUGAUCACAUCCGCGUGAUCAAUACUUGGUGGGACCAGGUGUGUAGAUUUCCCAUUCUCGAUCUGCCGG